AUUAUUCAGAUUAUGAAGAUAGUUCUGUUGAAUUCUUGGACAGGUGCUCCUCUCCAUUAACACGGUCCUCGGGGAGCUCUCUGACUUUGCGCAGCAUGUUCUCGGAGAAGAAUACAUCAUACCAGUAUCCAAGAGCUAUCUUGUCUGUUGAUCUUAGUGGAGAAAACCUUUCAGAUGUGGAGUUCUUGGAUGAUUCCUCUACAGAGAGUUUGUUACUUAGUGGUGAUGAAUACAAUCAGGACUUUGAUUCAACUAACUUUGAAGAGUCUCAGGAUGAAGAUGAUGCUCUCAAUGAAAUUGUUAGAUGCAUUUGUGAACUGGAUGAAGAAAAUGGCUUUAUGAUUCAGUGUGAAGAAUGCUUGUGUUGGCAGCACAGUGUAUGCAUGGGACUGUUAGAGGACAGCAUUCCAGAGCAGUACAUCUGUUAUAUCUGCAGAGAUCCACCAGGUCAGAGGUGGAGUGCCAAAUAUCUUUAUGAUAAAGACUGGCUAAACAAUGGACACAUGUGUGGAUUAUCAUUUUUGAAAGAAAACUACUCUCAUCUUAAUGCCAAAAAGAUUGUGUCAACACAUCACCUACUGGCAGAUGUAUAUGGUGUAACUGAAAUACUGCAUGGAUUGCAGUUGAAGAUUGGGAUAUUAAAAAAUAAGCAUCACCCAGACCUUCAUCUCUGGGCUUAUUCAGGGAUGCGAAAAGAACAAGAACAAAUAACUGUUGGGGUAGAGAAGAAGUUAGUGACUUUGCCAGAUGCUGUUAAUCCAACUGAAAGGACGUGUCACAGUCAGAACCAUAAAGAACCGUCCAGUAUACCCCAGAAGAUGGAAGAAACAUACAUCACAAGUGAGCACAGUUACCAAAAACCACAGAGUUUUGGUCAAGACUGCAAAACAGUCACUGACCCUGUGAGCUCAGAUGAUGAAGAUACAAGUAGUUUUGAGGAAGAUCAGGAAUUUCACACAGAGAAUAAAAACUGUUUACAAUAUUCUUUUAAAGAUGAUGGCAUGAAUGAGCAGAAUUCCGCUGAAGGAAACACUGUGUUUGUUUGUAAUGAAAGAAAAGGCUCAGAAGAACAAGUGGACACACAUCUUCAAUGGCAGCUAAAUCUCCUUACCCAUAUAGAGAAUGUACAGAAUGAAGUCACCAGCAGAAUGGACCUGAUUGAAAAAGAAGUUGAUGUUUUAGAAAGCUGGCUUGAUUUCACUGGAGAACUGGAACCACCAGAUCCUCUGGCAAGAUUGCCUCAGCUCAAGCGACGUAUCAAACAGCUCUUAAUUGACAUGGGAAAAGUACAGCAAAUAGCAACGCUUUGCUCUGUAUGACAAAAGGAAGAAUAAAGAAAUAAAAAUAGGUUCUUUACAGUGAAUUUUCUUACUAGCCACAAGACUGACAGGAAGACAGCAAAAAGCUGAGCAUUUAUCUGGUUCUUUGCUGAUUACAUUAAUAGCCUGAAGCUUUAGAGAGGGGAGAGGAAAUUUUAGAGUAAGGAAUCUGUUAUAUUGAAAAUCUGAAUAUUCAAUGUCCAGGCUUCAAAAUGUACUA